GUCCUCGCGCCCGCAGCCGCGAUCCGGAGCUGUGUGGUCUCAGGCAAGCGAGCCAACCGCUGCGGGAACCCGGGCGGAACGGAGCGGCGGGAGCAGGAUGGCAGAGGCCGUCGGAGCCGUGACAUUGAUUGCGGCCCCGGCCCGCCGGCGCUGGCUGUGGUCGGCGCUAGCCGCGAUGCUCGGGCUGUUGACAGCUAGAAUAUCAGCCUUGGAGGUACAUACUCCUAAAGAAAUCUUUGUGGUGAAUGGGACACAAGGGAAGCUCACGUGCACGUUUGACUCUCCUAAUACAACUGGGUGGUUGACCACCGUCUCCUGGAGCUUCCAGCCAGAAGGCACCGACAGCGCCGUGUCGUUUUUCCACUACUCACAAGGACAAGUGUACAUCGGGGAUUAUCCACCGUUUAAAGACCGAGUCACCUGGGCUGGGGACCUUGACAAGAAAGAUGCAUCGAUCAAUAUAGAAAACAUUCAGGCUGUUCACAAUGGCACCUAUAUCUGCGAUGUCAAAAACCCUCCUGACAUUGUUGUGCGGCCUGGGCAGAUUAGGCUCCAUGUGGUGGAAAUAGACAACCUGCUGGUGUUCCUGGUUUGGGUGGUGGUGGGCACUGUCACUGCUGUGGUCCUUGGGCUCACUCUACUCAUCAGCUUGGUCCUGGUCGUCCUCUACAGACGGAAGCAUUCGAAGCGGGAUUAUACCGGCUGCAGUACCUCAGAGCGUUUGUCACCAGUUAAGCAGGCUCCACGGAAGUGUCCCUCCGACACAGAGGGUCUAGUAAAGAGUCCGCCUUCCGCCGGAUCUCACCAGGGCCCAGUCAUAUACGCACAGUUAGACCACUCUGGCGGACAUCACAGUGGCAAGAUUAAUAAGUCAGAGUCUGUUGUGUAUGCGGACAUCCGGAAAGACUAAGAGAACACCCCAAAUAUUUCUUAAGCAAGAAACAAAUCCAAGCGGACUCUUGUGAGGAAAGUGUCCAUAACCAUGUGUGGCCUUGAAGCAAGGACAAGCACGUGUGUAUUCAGAGAGAGAAGAAAAUGUGUAUAAAGGAAAUGUGUAUUCUAUUUAAUCUUCCGAUGUGAGAGGCCAAUGUUGCAUGAUGAGAUGGUAUGAGUCUAUGUAUGUGUAAGUUGUCUUGCUGUUUCUCUAUAUUCUUUCAGAGUCAUUUCCAGCUGGAAAGUUUCAGAAACAUCCUGUCACCCCGGGAUAUGGUUUGCCUUAUUGAAGACUCUGCAGAACCCUUAGGCUUCCCAACAGACGUGGCCUUUUCAUCAAGGGCUCAACCAGUCUAAGCAUUUCUUGUAGUUAGAGAGUGAGAUGUUGAGUGGAAGUGAGUGUCUCACAAUAUCAGGACCGUUUUGUUCUGUGCCCGUGCUAGCUGAUCGAUGCCAUCCAUUAACCAUGCCACCAGAGGAUGGUUUGAGAGGUUUUUGUUGAUGCUUUUCUAAAAUUUGAGGGACUUUUGAGCUUGAGAGCAUCGCCAUCCUGCUAUUAGCUAAGAGCUCACCAGUGAGUCGGCUGACUGAGGCCGCGGUUGUGGUUAAAAGGGUACAAGUUACAGCACCCCAGCAUGACAUUAACAUGUGAAGGGUACAAGUUACAGCACCCCAGCAUGACAUUAACAUGUGAAAGAUGUCAGAGGAAGUCAGCAUCUUGCUUCUCCUCUCCUUAGGGAUUCAGUGAAUGAUCGUACAUUCUAGAUACCCCAGGUGCUUGAUGGUCUCCUUGUAGUGCCGAGACAGAGACAGUGCAUACGGUGCUAGGAGUGGGCUCUGUUCAAAUGACACCUCCUCUUAGGGGCUUUCUGCAUCUGGCUCCGUGACCUCCCUGCCCAGUUAGAACCAAACCCUCUGUUGGCCCAAGCCAACCUUCUUCCCUAGGCAGAAACAGUUAGCUGCUGGCAUCCUGGACUGAGUCUGCAGCCUGGUUCUAGCUGCUUACAGGACAGCGUGCAAACCUCAGGGUCUAACUCCACACCCCACCUCCUUGGAGCAUCCGGUCUCUUUCCGGAAACUCUGUCUUCGGGCCUAGCUACAGAUAACAGUGAGGUCACAUCCACACGGCAGACCUGUGCUUCCUGUGUCUUCUGACCAGAAGAGUGCAUGCGAUUUGAGAAGAGACACUUAAAAGUGAUAGCUUUUUAAAAUCCCUGUCUGUAUUUUCUCACGGAAAUGUAUCCAGCUAGGAGAGAUAUCAAGUUCAUUGUUACUUUUUGAUAUUUUCAUUUGUACUUCUGUGACUAUUUUAAUACAUCUUUUUUGAUUUCUGAA